CUCACUGUGGACACAGUCGGUGUAACAAUUCCAAUGCAAUGGAGUUAGAUGAUGCUGCAUCGAGUGGAGACCAAGUGGAGGAGCAGUGGAUCAGGAGCAUGUCGGAGCAGCAGAGUGCCCCGGAGCAGCUAGCUGCUUGGAAGAGCCAGGGUGGAGCUGGAGCCACAUACAAGGUGUUGCUGUUCGAGUUUGAGAACUUCCAGGGCCGCAAGGCGGAGUUUUCUGCCGAGUGUAAAGAUGUGACUGGGAAGGGACUGGUGAAGGUUGGAUCUGUAAUAGUUGAGGCAGGACCCUGGGCAGGUUAUGAUAAGCAUGGAUUCACAGGGGAGCAGUUUAUUCUGGAGAAGGGCGAGUAUCCACGAUGGGACACCUGGACCAACAGCCAGAACAGCUACACCCUUUUGUCUCUUAGGCCGCUCAAAGUGGACAGCGCUGAACACAAGUUACACCUCUAUGAAAACCCUGGAUUCACUGGUAGAAAGAUGGAGAUUGUUGAUGAUGAUGUGCCCAGUUUGUGGGGCCACGGUUUUCAGGAUCGUGUGGCAAGUGUCAAGGCGCUCAGCGGAACAUGGGUCGGCUACAUGUACCCAGGCUACAGGGGGCGGCAGUUUAUCUUCGAGAAAGGGGAUUUCAAGCACUGGAACGACUGGGAGGCCCCUGCACCGCAGAUCCAGUCUGUCCGGCGCAUGCGCGACAUGCAGUGGCACAAGAGGGGCUGUUUCACUGUCCCUGACCCAGCUCCGGCUCCUGGCCCCGGCCCCGACCCGGACCCUACCCCAGCACCUCCCGCCCCUCCCGCCACGGCUGGAGCCAGCUGA